AUGAGUACUCCAUUUGGUUUAGAUCUAGGUAACAAUAACUCUGUUUUGGCCGUUGCUAGAAACAGGGGUAUUGAUAUUAUUGUUAAUGAAGUUUCGAACCGUUCUACCCCAUCAGUUGUUGGUUUUGGUCCAAAAAACAGAUACUUAGGUGAAACUGGUAAGAACAAGCAAACAUCUAAUAUUAAGAAUACUGUUGAAAACUUUAAAAGAAUUAUUGGUUUAGAUUAUGACCACAAAGAUUUCGAAGUUGAAUCUAAGUUUUUCUCUGCUAACUUAGUCAAAUUAGAUGAUGGCAAGAUUGGUGCUAAGGUCAGAUUGGCUGGUGAGCAAAAGACUUUUUCUGCUACUCAAUUAACCGCCAUGUUUAUCGACAAAGUUAAGCAAACUGUUAUCGACGAAACUAAAUCUAACAUUACCGAUGUCUGUAUUGCUGUUCCUGUCUGGUACACUGAAGAACAACGUUACGCCAUAGCCGAUGCUGCUAGAAUUGCCGGUUUAAACCCAGUCAGAAUUGUUAACGACGUUACUGCUGCUGCUGUUUCUUAUGGUGUGUUCAAGACUGAUUUGCCAGAGGGUGAAGAAAAGCCAAGAAUUGUUGCUUUUGUUGAUAUUGGUCAUUCCAAUUAUACUUGUUCCAUAAUGGCUUUCAAGAAAGGUGAGUUAAAGGUCUUAGGUACUGCCUAUGACAAACACUUUGGUGGUAGAGACUUCGAUCGUGCUAUCACUGAACAUUUUGCUGAUGAAUUCAAGACCAAAUAUAAGAUUGAUAUCAGAGAAAAUCCAAAAGCCUAUAACAGAAUUUUAACCGCAGCCGAAAAGUUAAAGAAGGUUUUAUCUGCUAACACUGCUGCUCCAUUCUCUGUUGAAUCCGUUAUGAACGAUGUUGAUGUCUCUUCCCAAUUAUCUCGUGAAGAAUUAGAAGAAUUGGUUAAACCAUUAUUAGAGCGUGUUACUGAACCAGUCACUAAGGCUUUGAAACAAGCUGGUAUUACUGCUGAAGAAGUUGAUUACGUUGAAAUUAUUGGUGGUACCACCCGUAUUCCAACUUUAAAGAAGUCUAUCUCUGAAGCUUUUGGUAAACCAUUAUCUACCACUUUGAAUCAAGAUGAAGCUAUUUCUAAAGGUGCUGCUUUUAUCUGUGCUAUUCACUCCCCAACUUUAAGAGUUAGGCCAUUUAAGUUUGAAGAUAUCCACCCAUACUCUGUCUCUUAUUCCUGGGACAAACAAGUUGAAGAUGAAGAUCAUUUAGAAGUCUUCCCAGCAAACUCUUCUUUCCCAUCUACCAAGAUGAUCACUUUACACAGAACUGGUGACUUUACUAUGUCUGCUAAAUACACAAACAAGGAAGAAGUACCAGAAGGUGUUUCUGAAGAAAUUGCUUCUUGGGAUAUCACUGGGGUGAAUGUUCCAGAAGGUCAAGACUCUGUACCAGUCAAGUUAAAAUUAAGAUGUGAUCCAUCUGGUUUACACACUAUUGAAGAAGCUUACACUUUAGAAGACAUUGUUGUUAAGGAAGAAGUCCCAUUACCAGAAGAUGCACCAGAAGAUGCUGAACCAGAAUACAAAGAAGUUACUAAGACUGUUAAGAAGGAUAACUUAAGCAUUGUUGCUCAUACUUUUGCUCUUGAUGACAAAACCUUAAACACAUUAAUUGAAACCGAAAAUGAAAUGACUGCUCAAGAUAAGUUGGUUGCUGAAACUGAAGAUCGUAAGAACGCUUUGGAAGAAUACAUUUACACCUUACGUGGUAAGUUAGAUGAAGAAUACGCUGAUUUUGCUUCUGAUGCUGAAAAGACUAAAUUAAAGGAUAUGUUAACUAAGGCUGAAGAUUGGUUAUAUGACGAAGGUUUCGAUUCUAUCAAGGCUAAAUAUAUUGCUAAAUAUGAAGAGCUAGCAUCAUUGGGCAACAUUAUCAGAGGUAGAUAUUUAGCUAAGGAAGAAGAAAAGAAGCAGGCUUUAAGAGCUAAACAAGAAGCUUCCCAAAUGGCUGAAUUAGCUGCUAAAUUGGCUGAACAAAGAAAGGCUGAGGCUGCUUCUAAAGAAAAGAAAGAUGCCGACGGUGAUGUUGAAUUAGAUUGA